AUGCAACAUUCAUGCACAGGUAGUUGUCAACAUGUGGAUGAAAGUGAUCGUGGUAAAUGGGAUUUAUACCAAAAAAUUGAUUUGAAUAAUCUCCAAUGUUUGAAUGAACAACGCAACGGAAGUGGAAAAGAUGUCUUCCGCUGUUGGGAUGAACGGUUAGAUCGAUCAAAGUUUGUGGAAAGUGAUGACGAUCCAGAACUACUGUUUAAGAUACCAUUCAGUGGAAAUAUCAAAUUAACAGGAAUUUGCAUUAUUGGAGAAAAUGAAGGUAGCCAUCCAAGUCAUGUUAAAUUGUUCAAAAAUAAACCUGGUCUCACGUUUGAAAGUGCAAGAAAUCUAGCAGACCAAGAGCUGGAUAUAACUUAUGAUCCAAAUGGAACAUUGGCUUAUCCCGUUCUUGUUGCUCGUUUUUCAAAUGUAAAUCAUCUAUCGUUAUAUUUUUCGCACAAUUAUGGUGCAGAAACGACGAAGAUUUAUUAUAUUGGUUUGCGUGGAGAGUUUCUUGGAGGACAUCGUCAAGAAAUUGUGAUUGCAAAUUACGAAUCCAAACCACAAUUGAGUGAUCAUAAAACUGACCUUUUUCAAACUACUCUUCACCAAAUUCAACAUUGA